GACUCCCCUCAAAAUAAAGGAAGGGAUUCCACGCCAGUGGGCCACAUGAGUGACAAGGGUGUGGGGUAAAAUUGUGAUUUGGGGAAACUGCAUUGUAUGUAUGUAAGGCCUCCGAGAAUGUCGGAUGGAGUUUUGUCAGGAUCAUGUAUUGUGUAUAUUUUAUUUCUCGAAUAAAGUCUAUUUAGAAUUUUUUUUUUUAAAAGACUUGAUUUUGGAAUGCUGUUACUGUGAAGGAGAAAAAUGGGGAUGAAGGGUUAAUGCGUACAUGACCAGGAGCCGAGCGAUGAAACAUUGCUUAACUAAAUUACGGAACUAUAGAAACUUACAUGGCUUACCUAAUGCUGCUAGCUAUGGGCUAAUUAAGGAGCAUCGAUAGACCAUGAUAGACCACAUGACAUAACAUCUGGACAAUAGACAAGGAACUGAUAGGAGAAUAGGGAAGUGACACAUGAGUCGUAAGGGUGAGAGGUAAAAUUGUGAUUUGGGGAAAUUGUAUUGUAUGUAUGUAUAACCUCUGAGAUUGUCGGAUGGAGUUUUGUCAGGAUCAUGUAUUGUGUAUAUUUAUUUAUCGAAUAAAGUCUAUUAGGAAUUUUUUUUUUUUAAACUUGAUUUUGGAAUGCUGUUACUAAACUCAGAUACAAUUGCACAAGGAUGGCGUCAUUGUGUCAGCAUUUUAACAUUAAACAGCAAUUCCACUGUGUUCACCACCCACAGGCCACCGGAGUGGUCGAGAUGGCAAAUGGAGCUCUGAAGACUAAAUGAUUGGCUAAAUUAAUGGAGGAAACAGGACAGAGCUAAGUUCAAGUUGGAAGUUGCCAUGGGAAAUGUGGUUUCCUUGACCUACGUAUGUACCAUAAUUGAUUGCAUUAAGCUCCUCCCUCUCUUGUUAUCUACGACAGCGCCUACGUCAGGUGAAGUCAGGCUACGCUCAUUGGCGUUAAACCCACUGUCGCCGGCAGUUGCCACAAAAUCGGCAAGUGGGGGAUAGACCCAUAACUCCCCGACCCAUUCUCAUUCUGACAUUUCUGUCCUGGGCCUCCUCUACUGUCAGAGUGCGGCCCAAUGCAAAUUAGAGGAACAGCACCUCGUAUUUCACUUGGGCAGCCAUCACCAGCCACAGUUUGAUCCAAUCCACACAUAUAUUAAUUGCACAUUUUCCAUUUUUUAAACAAUAACGUUGACCCAGAACAGGCACCCAGCUACAGCUAUUUUAACUACUGCAGCUUCACAACAAACAUCUAUGCAAUGGGUUCAUCUGCUUAGAUAUGAAUUGUCAAAUACCCAGAAAGAGGUGUCAAUGAACCCCUUUAAUGCAUUGAUUUCUAUCAUUAACUGGUGUUUCAUGAAGCAGCUUCACUCAACCUUGAAACAGACAGAAACCAUGUGUCCAUCUCCUUUUUUUUCCAACCUUUAAAGAGUUUUACACAAUAAUUUCUGUCAAUGAACUUCCUGCUUAUCACAGCAAUUAAGAUUUCUGCUAACUAGAGCGACCCAGAAAGGAAUUUGAUAUCUUUGUGUGCCUGUUUGACUUAUAGUAUUUCCUCUGCCCAAAUAAAUGCAAGGCAAGGCGAUCACUCGCCAAUUAAUAAGUCAGGAAGUGUCGGAAGGAACAGCAGACGCUGAUUUAAACUGAAGAUAGACACAAAAGGCUGGAGUAACUCAGCGGGUCAGGCAGCAUCCCUGGAGAAAAGGGAAUAAGUGAUGUUUUGGGUUGAGACCCUUCUUCAGACUGAGAGUCCAGGGGAAAGCGAAACGAGAGUUUUAGAUGGCGAUAUAUGGAGAGAUAUAGAACAAAUGAGGCAGUCCAUUGUUGACUCAGAGAGUGGUAGCUGUGUGGAAUGAGCUUCCAGUGAAGGUGGUGGAGGCAGGUUCGUUUUUAUCAUUUAAAAAUAAAUUGGAUAGUUAUAUGGAUGGGAAGGAAAUGGAGGGUUAUGGUCUGAGCGCAGGUAUAUGGGACUAGGGGAGAUUAUGUGUUCGGCACGGACUAGAAGGGUCGAGAUGGCCUGUUUCCGUGCUGUAAUUGUUAUAUGGUUAUAUGGUUAUAUGGUUAUAUGGCUGUGGGCUAGGUGUUAACGAGACAAUAAAACUCACCAGGAUCACAGUGAAAGCAGUACAAUGACGAGGGUGGGGGAGGGACGGAGAGAGAGAGGAGAUGCAAGGGUUACUUUGUUAGAAAAAUCAAUAUUCAUACCGUGGGGUUGUAAACCAAGUUAAGAGAAGCAUGAAUUGCUAGAAAUUCACAGCAAUUGGAAAUUUCUGCACAGAAACUAAAAAAGAUCAAUGUAAGUACGGAUCGAAGGAAUGGCAAAGGCGCUUGGUUUAAGGAUAGUUAAACUAUUAAAUCUGACACUAUUGAAUGUGUGAACACAGAAUGUCUGAGGAGUUUUUGGUCUUGUUUUUAGUUUUUGUUUUAGUUUAGGAAACAGGCCCUUCUGCCCACCGAGCCCGUGCCAACCAGUGAAUCCCGUACGUUAUGCCACACCACAAACAAAUCAUAAAAGCCAAUUAACCUACAGACCUGCGCGUCUUUGGUACGUGGGAGAAAACCAGUGCACCCGGAGAAAACCCACGUGGUCACAGGGAGAACGUAUAAACUCUGAACAGACAGCACCCGUAGUCCGAUGGAACUACAGGUCUCUGGAGCUGUACGACAGCAACUCUACCGCUGAGCCACUAUGCAGUCCUAUGUUUUGCAUAUAUUUUUUGUUCUCUAUCAAGUUUAUUUUUGGAAAUAAGAGAAAUGGGGAUACAAAGAUACCGGGCAGUGGUUAGCACAGAAUACUACACUAAUCUGAGAGCAAAGGCAGACUGAGGAUAGAAGCAGAUUUGCUAUGCUGGAUCAUGGCAGGUGGUUGCCAGUUUACUCUGCGUGGCUGUCUCUUGCUUCUUGUCCCUACUUCAUAGAUUAAUCAGCAGCAAGCCAUAUCUCUAAAAACUAUACUAAAAGUAAAACUAAUAACUAAAACUAAAGGUUCACUGGUUUUACACGAUCAGGGUAAAAUACGGAUUUGUGCCCUUGUCAAGUUAACUGUCACGUGGUCAUAUUUUCAUGUGUCAGUGCAAACUAUUGCAGGUCCACCAUCGAUUUUGCGGAAACUGGUGAUCCGGCCGAUCUCACCCUCAUCAGGACCUCCGCGCCAAUCGGCGGUCAAAUUUGCCGCCUGUGACCAUGGCUCUGGAACUCUGGCCUGGCCGGAGCCGGCAGAACUGUUCCCAUAGCCACGUUCCACAGCCAACUUUGUGAGACAGUAUCUACACUCCCCAAGACUGUGACCUCUGAUUGUCCACCACACAGAUAAUCCAGAAAUGCUCUGGAACUAAGGGUGCAGGAAAAUCGGUGGUGGACAUGUACCAGCUAUUCUACACACUCUGACCCCACUCUUAAGCUCCCUUAUAUCCUACCUUCUACACCCCUUUGCUCUAUCUAUUGUACUUGAUUGUACUUGAGUUUGAACUGGUUGUAUCUAUGUACGGUCGAUCUGAUCUGUAUGGACAGCAUGCAAAAUAAAGCUUUUCACCAUACUUUGCGACAUGUAACCAUAAUAAACCGAAACCUAAAGAAGACCUGUGGUCUUAUCACAAGAUGAUGUGAUGUUUUCCAGGGGUGGUGAUGGAGGCAGAGACAAUAGUGGAAAGAGGAGCCAAAUGUAAAGCCGGAGGAAUGGGCAUAUGUGGAGGGGGACAGGAGAAGGGUAAAAGGUUGUUGUUGGUUAAUUACCUAAAAUUGUAGUAUUCAAUAUUGGUUGUAAGCUACCCAAGCGGAAUUUGAAUUGCUGUUUCUCCAGUUUAUUUGUGGCCUCACUGGAGUGACAGUGAAGGAGGCUCAGGAAAGAAAGGUUGGCGUGGGGAUGCAAGGAGAAUUAAAAAGGUUAGCGACCAGGAGAUCCAGCAGGCACGGUUUGAUGAUACGUUUAGUCUUGGCAACGUAAAGAAGGCCACAUCAGAAGCACCGAACGCACCUACCUCUCUUCCAGCUUUCUCCCCCAUCCUACUAUCAGUCUGAAGAAGGGUCCCAACUUGAAACAUUGCCUAUCCAAUGUUCUCCAGAGAUACAACCUGACCUGCAAAGUUGCUCCAGCAGUUUGUGUCUCUUUUUAUAGAAAAAGUGUGAAUGGGUGAUCGAUGAUUGCCGUGGACCUGGUGGGCUGAAGGGCCUAUUUUCAUGCUGCAUCUUUCAAUCAAUUGUGAUAGAUAUUCAUAUCCAGGUCACAAAGGCUUAUUGCUGAGCUCAGUUUUAAAGCACCGGCUGACCUAGGCUUAUUGUUGAUUGAGCUAAGAGUCUGUCCCGAACACUUUGUCCGUAAUCUUGACAUAUACAAGAGAAACAUUACUGACCUUCAGGUUAUGAUCUCCUGUUCCAAGUCCUAAUGAAGAAGACCACAAGGUUCACAGUAAUCUUAUCAGAACUGUGAUGAAAAAGGUGUGAAAAAGAUAGGGCCCACAUGGACAAUCAAAUCACAUCAUCCUCCUUGCCUGGUCAAUAUAGUUGCAAAUCAUCACAUACAGAUGAUGUAUAAAUAAAUGCUCAAAGAUAGCGAGGAUGCGGAGGAGUUGCUGAGAAAAUACAUAUUCCACUCCUCACCAUACAACUUGUUUGUCUGCAACUCAUUGGUAUGUUUUAGUAUUUUAGGUAUUUCACUUGUGGACACAAGAACUGCAGAUGCCCGUUUUCGAUCAAAAUAAGACAAAGUGCUGGAGGAACUCAGUGGGUCAGGCAACAACUCAGUUUAGUUUAUUGUCACGUGUGCCGAGGUACAAUGAAAAGCUUUUUGUGGUGUGCUAACCAGUUAGCAGAAAGACAAUACAUGAUUACAAUUGAUCCAUUUACAGUGGAUAAAUACAUGAUGAUAGAAUGUACACAAAGAUGCAGGAGAAACUCAGUGAGAGAGCACAUGUAGUGAAGAUCAAACCCGGAUCUCUGGCACUGUAAGGCAGCAACUCUACUGCUAUGCCACCAUGCUGCCCUUAAAGAUAUAACACCUUCAGUUCUAUAUUUGUUCUUUUAGGAAGGAGUUGAGGAGAAAUUGCUUUAGUCAGAGGAUGGUGAAUCUUUGCCACAGAAGACUAUGGAGGCCAAGUCAGUUGAUAUUUUUAAGGCAGAGAUAGAUAGAUUCUUGAUUAGUACAAGUGUCAGAGGUUAUGGGGAGAAGACAGGAGAAUGGGGUUAAGAGGGAGAGAUAGAUUAGCCACGAUUGAAUGGUGGAGUAGACUUGAUGGGCUGAAUGGCCUAAUUCUACUCCUAUUCCUUAUAGCAUGUAUUCAUCACCCAUCUUCUCAAAUUAGGCGUCUGCCUAAUGUUAGACUUAUCACUUUCUAAACUCUGUCCCACUUCUUAUUCUGGAGACUUCCCAUAACCUCUCCUGCACUCUCCUCUCCUAUAACUUUAUCCAUACUUUUCUAAGUCUGUCGAACUCACCCCACCCAACUAUUUAGUCGGAAGCAUUAUCUUUAGCCCUAGUUAUGCUAUUCACCAGGGCUCUGGUCCCAGCAUGGUUUGGGUAAAGUUGGUCCCAUUAGAACAGCAGACUUUCAAAUGGCUGGCAAGGUCAAACUAAUGUGGAAUCAGCAAGGAUCAAAUACUGAAAUUGAAAAAAAAAAGCCAAUAGUGAGGAUGGGCUGAAUGGUUUCCAUUACAUUUUUACAGCCGACUGUCCUCGUCAGACCAUGUUCGCUCCGCUUGUAGCUGAAACUGCGCAUCUUAUCUGGUCUUUUGAUUUUUUUUUUCUGGCAACAGCAAACGCGUUUGAAUGCAGAGCGAUCCCCUGUUCACUGGGACCUUUUGCGCCUCUUCCAGCGGAAUAAAGAUCAAUUUGAGUGAGUUCAUGACCCAGGAGAAAGCGUGAACGCACUUAUUCAGAAAAUCUCGGGAUGUGGCCAUAAACCAGCCGUGAAGUGGAGGAAAAGCCCAGCAGUGUUUGAUUACAGGAAUCAAUUAAUAAGAAACAAAGAGAAGAACAUUGAUCUUGGUAUAUCCAAGGGGUGAAAAAUGCAACAUGGCAUUCCAGAUAACUACAGUCAUCAGGGUUUCCACAAUUCAAUGUCCCAGAAAGCUUUUGGAAGAUCGUGGUGCGCUGUUAAUGGAAAGCCUUCAUCGAAUUACCAGACUUGGAAAGCCUUCCCUGGAUCUUCCUAUUCUGCAAAUGUACCAGCACCAAUCUAUCCAUCGGAACUUACUGAUCAACAUGUCUAUCCUCCAAAUGAAUUAUCACCAUAUUGCAGUGACUCUACUUUUCAUCCGUCCUCGCUAAAGUCAGCCCUAACUGGAGGUUCCCAAUCUGAAAUGAGACAAAACUCUGCUUAUUCAAGGUCUUGGACAACUGGGGGUCAGCCGGUCGGUUUGCAAAAUAGAUCAAUGCAAUCUGUUCCAUCUUCCCAGCAACCUACUGUUAAGUUUGUGACUUGCCAAAACAGGCCACCAGCUUGGAAUCGAGAUGCCCACUCGAGGCGUUUUGCACCGUAUCAGAAUCACACAGCCUCUGGCAUGGAGCCUAACAGUCAGAUAUUUCCCAUUACUCGCCUCAGACUACCUCUGCGAAAACACAAGAUGUCCCCUCCUUCAGAGCAACUUUCAAGUUGGGACAACGUAAGGAUGCCUCUUAGAGCUGCUCAAGUGGAACACUAUUGGAACAAGCAAGAACCCAAUUACCAGCAAAAGCCUAUUCCUGGAUGUUUCAGCCAAAGAGCUAAUCAGCAGUCUUCCAAUGUACUCAGUCAUCAUUCAGAGCCGUUCCAAAAUGUCAAUAUUGGAGUUUACAAAAAGUCCAUUGGCCCCAACAUGUUUGGAACACAUCUUCAGGGAGAGGUGCUACAGAGAGACUAUGUCACAGUUCCACAAGAAACAACUCAAAACCAUUUCAUGCAACUUAGUCUCAAAGAACCAAACGCAAAUGUUCAAAAAAUAACGGCAAUGGGUAAUAAACCUUAUACCCAGACUCCAAGUCCAGACGGUUUAGGAUUUGCUUCAUUCCUGGGAGUAGACGCUCAGAGUGAUAAUGGUGCAACUUUUCAAAGUCACUGCAGCGAUUACGAGUCCACGUACAGAGGGCAGAAUAUUUCAGACACGUACCCUCAAAAGAACCCUUCAUUUUCGAGGAAGAGAAAAGGGGUUGAUACAAUGAAGUUUCUUUCGGAACUUUCAAGCAGUGAGUUGAAGGCCUUAAUUUUUGCAUUUGAGUUUAUGGAAGGGAAGAAAAGAGCAGCUAAGCAGCAGAGUCAGCUGGCAGGUGCACUGCAGACCUCUGCAAAACUGCCACCCUGCCAAUAUAUAGCGCAAAGCACACCUUGUAACGGCAUCAAUGGGAUAGCUCAUCGACCCGUCGAUUCAGUGAAUGGAUAUGAAGAGAAUAGUACUUUAUCAGUACUUCGGAGGCUGGAGAAGGAAAAAGGAGCCGAAUGGAAAGGAAGGAACUUACAAAUUGCCUGCGAUAACCGCUUGCCUCUGAACACGACCCCGACAUCAUAUUCAAACUUCAUGGAUCCGAACAAUGUUCUGUCAAUGGGAGAUUAUUGUACGCAGAAUAAAAAUAUGAACAGCAGUGUUGUGUAUCCAAGUCAAGAUUCACAGCAAGUUUUGGCUCCCCAUGUGGGAAAUUCCAAAUCUUUCCAGCCAGUGAAAGAGAGAUCUGUCCCAUCUCUCCAAGAUCAGAAGGAGAAUUCUGUUUGUCAAAAUGUUGCAGCAACCUCCCAUUCAAAUAACCAUUGUGGCGUUGUGGGUACUGAUUGCAUCUUAAAGAGUUAUCUGCAAGCUUCAUCGUCUGUCAACCACGAUUAUCUUGGAUCUGGCCAACUAAAUGGAAGGAGUCAUUCCAUGCAGCCAAUGAAUCCCAGAUCUGCAGCAGACCCUAACCAGACUGAUCCCGCAGUCCUGAAGCCAAAUGCAUCUCGGCAUGAUGAACAUGGUUCAAAAGAAAUCGAGUCACUGUAUAAUAUGUUGCAGUAUUCAUAUGUAAAUAAAGCAAAUAGUCACCCAAAACGUCUGAAGAUGGAAGCACCCUCAACCAACAUUCGCCCAUCCUCAACUGAGCUGGACCAGGCAAGGUCAAGAUCUGUCAGUGCUAUACAGUCAUCUUAUGGCAACCAAGUUGCAGAAUAUAUGCAUAGUAAGCAGUCACCAUACAUUAAGCGUAACGUAUCGAGCUCUUCCGCACAAUCUCUCUCAAGAGCCCCCGGCAGGCAGGAUGCUGAAGUUGCACAUCCACUGUCAGAAAAGUUAAACAUAAGACAAAAACAUAAAGAGUCAACUCCCUUAAAUCGAUCAGGAGACAAAAGGUCAUUGCUAAGACGUUUAAUUGAUAAUUCGAAGGAUCAAUUCAACAAUGCCGUCUUCCCGAAUUUGGCUGCGCAUAAGUUACCAUGCCAUUCAACUGAACUAUCAGGGGGCCCACAGCUGCCUCGUACAAUGGAUGUUGCACCAACUCCACAGAGCAUCCAAAUUGAACAGCAGGUUGGAGAAUACCCUGUCGCCAACUUCACUACAGCUUCAGUGGACUCCCACAAAUUCUGGGCAUUGAUGUCUGAAGAGUCGAGUAGAGGGCAAAAAGCUGCCAUCAAUGAUGUUCGCUUCUCAAAUGCAGGAUCAAAGGGACAAUGGGGGAAUGCUUCAUUCCCAGAGGAUUUUCUGGAACAGGGCUUUAUCUCCCCUGCUCCAUCUCUCAAAUUGGCUAAUGGUCAGUCAGCCACUUCUGUUUCUAACACAGGCCAUGCAGAACUCGCUUGUAAAACCAGCAAUGGGCCAUCUGCAGAAAACAUUGUGGAAAAAAUGUCUUCAGCUUCCGACAUUUAUGCAGCCAACGACAACAACAUAUGUAAUUCAUCCCCAGAAAGUGUUGUUGAGGAACUAACUUCAGAUUCAAAUUCCGAGGAACCUUUAGCAAAGGAUUCAGACACCUUAGAAUUUAUUUUACGUUCCCUGGGGAUUAUUCCUGAAGACAGUGAAGCAAUUCUAACAUCGUUGGCGCCUAUGGCAGGAGAGAACACAGUUGCGUCCUUUCCAGCCAAUCUUUCCCGUGCAGAAUUGCGGCAGAACCCAGACACAUAUCUACCGCCAUUCAAUAUGGCCACACAGAGUAAAAAGCAAGUAGCGGUGGCUUCCCAAGAUCCCUUCUCAACAAUGUGGAAAGUAAGCACAGAUGCUUCAAAAGUUGCUUCAUUUGGUACUAGAGAAAGACAAUAUAAGUGUAACCUACCAGCUGAUCCUCUGUACAAUGGCAAUGCAGCCUUCAUGGCUGGUACAUCUGAUGGAGUAAACCAACUGAGCUCUCUUCAGCAGCCUAACAUUCAAGUGACGAGUGAUCAAAAUGCAAUGGUACUGAAUAGUGCAGAACAUGAUUUUCCCUCAAAGGCAACUGGGGUGUCAGAUAUAGAGACCCAGUUGGCCGUUGCUUCGGUUCAAGUUGACACAGAAGCUGAAGAAAAUGUACCUGAUAAUUCAUCCAGUGCACACAUGGUUGCUACCGACAUGGCCCAAUUCGAAGAUGUUAGGUUGCACGAUGACAGUCCUCCAUCAAACACAGCAGGUUGUCCGCUGCUGUCUUCACCCAACAGCUCGUCCUCUAUGGAGUUGGCACAGCCAACACAAAUAAAUACUGUUCCCUUUCAACCUGUGGAUUUGGGCAGCAAUUACAAUGGACAUUGUUGGAGAAACUGCUCGGGUAUUUUAUCUUCUAGUAAAAUGCCUAUUGUAACUGACUGUGCUGCGUCUGCUGUGAACAUAGUCAGAUAUAAGAAGUACGCGGUGGGCAGGCAUUUUGAUUCAUACAAAGGGUUAAGCAAGCAGAUUAACCCAAUUCCACGGAAAGAAAUUGUGUGGUCUUUUGAGACCAUGGGAUUGUCUAAUUCACUGGCCUGGGAGAGUCAUGAAAAUAUCCUGCCGGACAGUAAGGAUAACGUUGGAAGUUCGUCAAACUCUACACAGGCAGCAUUUGCUAGCCACACAGCAGGAGCUGAAAUGUUACCAGUUGAUGAUGCAUCAAACAGUGCUGAUUGUAUUGCCAUCAACCUUCCACGUGCAAAGAAAGACACGUUGCACACAAGAAUAAGAUCACAGUGCACAAUUCCUGCUUCAGGCGUUCCCAACAGCAACAGUGGAUUAAAACCGGUUGGUGCGACUGUGGGGCAGCAAGUGCUUGAAGAUGGCUGCCUGGGGCAAGAAAAAAUAUUGAGUGGGAGCACAGUUUUGGCAGCCUGUAGAAAUCCCAAACCUGAUUUGCCAUCAGGGAUUAGGAUCACAUUUGUAUAUUCACUGUCGGAAUACUGGGAACGCGGGACAUUCAUAAAUGGCAAGGACACAAUUACGGGAUCUUUGGCAAGCACUGGUCAAGAGCUUCAGAGAUGCGUCAGAAAGGUGUGCCAUUUCUCCAGUCGUCAAAUGAAACAAAAAGCAAAAGUGGGAAAUAAUAAAGCAAUAUUCCUUGCUUUAAUGGGAACUGCCUCAAACUUUGGAGAAAGCCAACGGAGAGACGACGUUACCGAGAUGCCUCGCAGCCAGGAUACUGUACCUUACACAAGUAACUCUCAUGUUCAUUUCGGUGAACCUGUCAGCCCUGUGGCUAAACAUUCAGAGAGCCGUUUCCAUCCAGAGGUAAACUUGGGUAGAAUUCCUGUGGACGAUAAGUAUGCAAGUGAAGCAGCUGCUUCCACAAACACCUCCAAUGUGCUGCCUGGGAAUGGACAUUGUGAUGAAAGCCCAAGUGAAGACUUCACCAAUGCAGUAGAGAAGGAAACAUCUGCUCUCUGCUGCUUGAGUUCCAGAGAGACGAUGAAUCAGGAUUUUUUCACCAAAAAUAAAGUUUCCUCUGCAGCUGAGAUGGAAAUGUCAACUGAGUCAAUUUUACAUUUCUGGUCUCCUUCCAAAGAUGAUACAGAAAUGGACUAUCCAAGUCAAGAGCCUGAGAAAAAAAUUGAUUUUGAACAUGGGAUACAGAGGGUAUAUGGUGGGUUUGGAAUAUAUACUGCAGCUGGUGCAGCAGAAUUAAAUAAGAGAAUGCACAAGUUGAGUGCCCUGCAUCAGCUCAACUUUGGUUUCACAACAGGUGUCAAUGGAAGCCAGUUUCAUCGAGAAAAAUCUCACCUAAACAGAUUGUACAACCAGUGCAAUGAAGCAAAAGUCAUUGAAGUCGAAGGAUUGUCUGGAGAACUUGAACCAACUUUGAUGGAUAGAGCUGCUACAUCCCAUCUCACGACCGAUGAAGAUAACAUGGGUAGUUGGACUGAUACUGCUUUAUUAAAACUGCUGCUGGAGUCCAGCAGCCCAACAUCUUGUCUCCAAAGCAGCAGUGACCAAAUGGGUAGUCAGCUGGGCAACUCUUUACAUGGGAACAAUGAGGCUGAAGCCGGCCAAACAAAGAGAAUUAUUCCUGCCAUGAUGCCGAGUGAACGGCAGAACGGCAUACGUGAUAUUUGUGAACUCCUAAGCCAAGGCAGAGCUAUGACUGGGCUUUCAACACAUCGUUUUAGAGAUGAAGAAAGUCUGAAUGAAUGUGAGUCUAGUGUGGAUCACUUUAGUGAAAUAAGAAUUAAAGUACUGGAGCAUCAAGAACUCAACAAUGUUCUUUCUGAGAUGUCGAAUAGCAUUCUUAAUCCACAGUCUGAAGGGGCAGAGGAAAGUUCAGAAGGACAAAGCCCAGAAAGCUAUAGGGAGGCUACCAAGAACAGCGAUUGUCGAUAUUUGGAUACAACUCGAUCUAAAAUAAUGGAAAUUUCAGCCACAGAAUGCUCUUCAGAGACAUCAAAUUCCGCAAUGCUAUCUCUCAGUAGAGUUGUAAGCAGUAUGCAGCACUGAUGCAGAAUUUGGAUCAGACCAGACUUUAUGUAAGGGCCCUGAGGAUUUGACAAGGAAGUCCAUCCCAUGAAGACUGCACGCCAACUGAUGUCUCUUAGCAUGUGUCUGGAUAAUCUCCAGAAGAAGCCAAAAAUGAGCAUGGCUUCCCCAGAAGUUCUGCAUCUGUUUACCUUGUACUGCACUACACAACGCACUUAAAUGCACUGCUUGAUGUAAAAUAAGUAUUUUUACAGAGAACAUGCAUCUUAAAAAGAAAUAAAAAUCUUAUUGUCUGUAAUUGUAUCCCAAUAUAGCCAUUUGGGAUCAAAAAUUUUCAUCACACGUUUUACUUGAUGAGCUGUAAUGAACUUUAUGUGUGAGGCUUUGGCGUUACAGAACUUCCACAGUAAGUUAAGAAUAAAUGAUGGCGACCCUACAUUAUUACUUUUUGUAUGGAAGAAAAGGGGCAUUCUGUAAAUAUUAUAAGGGUAAUUAAUAAACGUGUUCAUGCUAUACUUAUGUUUAUUUCCUUCUAAACAAAAAUGUUGCAGCAUUAGACUUGAGCAAAAUUAGACUAUUGAGUAAAGGCUGUUCAGGGCUGUUUCAGAUUGAAACUCACUUAAUGGUCAUUAACUCAGUCAAGUGGUUCACUGAUAUCUGAGUUGGUCUGGUCGAUUUCUGGCUUUAAUCUUAUA